GUGCAGAUGCAACUGAGGAAGUGAAGGCUACGAUUCAACGACUUAUAGUGGCUUUUAAUUUUCUUUAAUAUGUUGGGUGCGGGAGCUCCGUGCUCCUCAGGUGUCCCCUCUGAGCGAGCCGUCCUCAGCUCAGGGAUGUACAAGCUGGAGGUUGAGCUGAAGAGAGGACACAAUCUGGCGGUCAGAGACAGAGGAGGCAGCAGCGAUCCCUAUGUUAAGUUCAAGCUGGCUGGUAAAGAGGUGUUCAGAAGCAAAAUCAUCCACAAAAACCUCAACCCAGUGUGGGACGAGAAAACCACUUUAAUAAUGGAUAGUCUGAGUGAACCUCUGUAUGUGAAGGUGUUUGACUACGACUUCGGCCUUCAAGACGACUUCAUGGGUUCUGCUUUCCUCUACCUGGAGUCUCUAGAGCAACAGAGGACGAUACCUGUAACUCUGGUGCUGAAGGACCCUCACCACCCUGAUCAGGACCUGGGCAGCCUGGAGCUAGCCGUCACCCUGACUCCUAAAGACAGCCCCAUAGAGGAACGACGAGACUCGACGACUAUGCUGCUCAGGAGGUCCUGGAAACGAUCCACUAAGCAGCAGUCAAUGCGUCUCUCAGAGCUGCAUCGGAAAUCCCAGCUCUGGAGAGGGAUUGUCAGCAUCGCGCUGAUCGAAGGCCGGAACCUGAUUCCCAUGGACCCCAACGGUCUGAGUGACCCCUACGUCAAGUUCAGGCUGGGGCCCCAGAAGUACAGAAGCAAGACUGUGCCAAAGACCCUGAGUCCACAAUGGAGGGAGCAGUUUGACCUCCAUCUGUACGAAGAGACCGGAGGAGUGUUGGAGAUCACCGUGUGGGACAGAGACACCGGGAGGAGGGACGACUUCAUUGGACGAUGCCAGUUGGACCUCUCCACUCUCGCUAAGGAACAAACUCAUCACCUGGAUCUGCCGCUGGAGGAGUCCCGGGGCUACGUGGUGCUGCUGGUCACGCUGACCGCCUCGGCUCACGUCUCCAUCGCCGACCUGUCCGUCACUCCGCUGGACGACCCGCGGGAGCGCAGCGAGAUACUGAAACGAUACGGUGUGUUGAAGUCGUUCUCUAACCUCAGAGAUGUGGGCAUCGUGCAGGUGAAGGUGAUGAGAGCAGAAGGACUCAUGGCUGCAGACGUAACCGGUAAGAGUGAUCCGUUCUGUGUGUUGGAGCUGAAUAACGACAGACUACAGACACAUACUGUUUACAAGAACCUCAAUCCCGAGUGGAACAAAGUCUUCACUUUUAACGUGAAAGACAUUCACUCAGUGUUGGAGGUGACGGUGUUUGAUGAGGACAGAGACAGGAGUGCGGACUUCCUGGGAAAAGUGGCCAUUCCCUUAUUACACAUCCGUAACGGGGAGCAGAAGGGGUACAUGUUGAAAAAUAAAGAGCUGACAGGUCCGACUAAAGGAGUCAUCUACCUGGAGAUCGAUGUCAUCUACAACACUGUUAAAGCUGCUUUGAAGACUGUCGUCCCUGCAGAGCAGAAAUACAUUGAGGAGGAGCCAAAAGUCUCCAAGCAGUUGCUGCAGCAGAACUUUAACCGUGUGAAGCGGUGCAUCAUGGUCCUGAUUAGUUACGGGACGUACAUCAACAGCUGCUUUGAGUGGGAGUCUGCGCAGAGGAGCAUCACCUCUUUUGUGCUGUUUGUGGUGGUGGUGUGGAACUUCGAGCUCUACAUGUUGCCGCUGGCGCUGCUGCUGCUGCUGGUCUGGAACUACUUCUUCUGCCCGAGCAAGGAAACAGCUGACACGUCCAUGGAGGCCAUGUUUGAAUGGGAAGAUAUUGAAGAGGAUAAAGAGGACAAGGAUUCAGAGCCCAAGGGCUUCAUGGAUAAACUAUACGCCAUCCAGGACGUGUUCAUCAGCGUACAGAGCGCUCUGGAUGAGGUGGCGUCGUACGGAGAGAGAAUAAAGAACACCUUUAAUUGGAGAGUGCCUUUUCUAAGCUGGCUGGCGAUCACUGCCUUGUGCUCGGCCACGGUUCUUCUCUACCUCAUACCUCUUCGAUACCUUGUGCUGGCCUGGGGUGUGAAUAAGUUCACCAAGAAGCUACGUGAUCCGUACAUGAUCGACAACAACGAGCUUCUGGACUUUCUUUCCAGAGUUCCCUCUGAUGUCCAAGUGAUGCAGUACCGUGAGCUGAAGGUCGACCCCGGACAAAGUCCCAACAAACGCAAGAGGACAAACCUGAGCUAGCUGCUCAGUCGCGUCUCCCACUGUAAACACUGUAAACUGUUAUUUAUACAUUCCUUGUAUAUUUUGAAUUAUCACGAGGAGCUGCAACUGUUGUUUUUGUUUUGUUACUGUGGAAAGACACUGAUUUAUUUUCUAAAAUCUUGUAAAAAUAAUGCUAAAUGUUUUUUAAAUCCCUUUUAUUUCUUAUAACGAUACUCGCACACAAACAGAAUGAACCUAAACAUAUAUAACAAUGUGAGUUAUGAAUGUAUAUGUUGUAAAGAGUAUGCAUGUGUGAAGCUACUGUUGCAUGGAAUCGUUGCACUCUAAGUUUUUUUACUUCAUUGAACAUUUUUGUGGUAUUUUUAAACUUGAUGUGUGUGUAAUGUUACUUUAAAGACAGAGUUGCAUGUUA